GUGGCUCAGCUGGGGCUGCUGUCGUCCGCCUUCGAGUGCUGCGGCCAGCAGAUCCUGGGCCUGAGCGCCGUGGUGGAGCACGUCAACUCCACGCUGCUCCACUGCGGCGUGGAGGUCUGCACGAAGCUCGGGCUGCUGCGGGAGCUCUACGCCGCCCCCGCGCCGUGGGGGGCCCGCUUCGAGGGGCCCCUGGUGCGCCUGCGGCUGCCCGGGGAGGCGGCCAGGGCGGUCGCCCUCGACGAG